AUGGAAUACGCAACGUACGAGUCGCGGCUUGCGUCUUUCGAGCCUCCGUCGAAACGAUCAAAGCUAGGAUGGCCGCACAAGACGCCGACGCCGGAUGAGCUCGCGCGAGCCGGCUUCUACUACAAACCCUCCAGCGCCAGCAAUGAUAACACCAUCUGCUACCUUUGCGAAAGACAGCUUGACGGAUGGGAGCCGGACGAUGACCCAGUGGGAGAACAUUUGAAACAUUCAAGCGAUUGUGGCUGGGCGAUAUUGAUGAGCGCAGGGCAAGAUGCUAAACACGACAUCAGCACAAUGGAAGACCCGACAGGCCAGAUAUUUGCAGACGCACGCCGGGCCACCUUCGCCGUUGGAUGGCCGCAUGAGUCAAAAAGAGGUUGGCGGUGUAAGAUAGAGAAGAUGGUUGAAGCAGGAUGGCAUUUGGCGCUACUGCCAGAAAGCGAGGAUUAUGUGUCCUGCGCCUUUUGCAAAUUGUCUCUUGAUGGCUGGGAACCAAAAGAUGACCCUUUCGACGAGCACUAUCGGCGAUCUCCAGCUUGCCCUUUUUUCCAUUUUGCAGGAACAACUGCGCCAGCUAAGCGCCCGAAAGCAAAGAAAGGCCGCACAUCCAGAGCGUCGCGCUCAUCAAAAGCCUCGACGCGGUUGUCGACACAGUCAAACACCCAAGACAUGACCACCCUUUCAGAAGCUCCUAGCAAUGUCAAUGAUCUCAUACCAGAUCUCGAUGACUCAAUAGAUACGAGCACCAUGUCGGCAAUGUCGGUCAUGUCAACAGCAUCUACUGCCACAACUAGAGCCAAGCGGAAAGCUGCUGGCGGCCGGUCAAAAGCGACCAAGUCCAAGAGAACAAAGACCACCAAAUCGACAAAGACGAAGAAGGAAGAACCUCAGCCUGAAGCGGAGGUAGUAAAUGGAGAAGAGUUUCCGGCAGAAGUCGAGCAUGAGCAAGUCCAAGUUCCGGCUGACAUUGAUCUCGAGCCAGAAGUUCAAGCAGAGGAGCAACAAGCUCCACCAAACCCAGCGCCCACUCCUCCCGCCCAGGUCUCCUAUCCAUCACUAAAUGAAAGCAACACUCCCCCACGGAUUUCCAGUGAGCCUCGUCAUCCAAGUCCUCUCGGCCCACCGCCUCAAGCAUCACCAACGCCUUUGAAGGCACGUCCAUUCACAUCUGCCGCCAGGACAGCAACACCGAAGCCUUCCACUGACAAGAUCGAGUCUUCUCGUCCCGUGUCGCCAACACCAAAAGCUAACCACACCUCUUCCCCAGCUCCCUCUCCAUCAACUUCGGACAUUGAAAACGCCCCACCCUCAACGCGGCCUGCAUCCGCACGUCCACCUGCUCCUGCUCCUCCGGACUCAUCCACUCCCAGCCACCACCGACAUCCAAACGCGUCAUCUCCCAAUGAAGGUGCAGAAAUGCCGAAAUGGACGCCGGCGGAUAUUGAAUUGAUCUUUGCUCCCACGUCGCCGCAGAAAGUUGAUGCAGAUAUAGUCCUCGGCUUGACGGGCUCACAACUCUCCACGGACGAAAAAAAUAUGACGGUGCAGGAAUGGAUCGAAUUCAUUGCCAAGCAGACAGAGGAGGGGUUGAGAGCGGAAACGGAACGGGUGGUGGGGGUUUUUGAGCGAGAGGGAGAGAGGGCCAUGAGGGUUCUGGAGGGGAUUGUCUGUGUUUGA